ACAUCGUCGAUAGUUCAAAUCCGCGUAUUCUCCGUACGGAUACUUCCAUUUGAGUGAUCAAUUAUUCGAUUAAUCAUAAUCAGAUCAAUAAAAAAAGACAAUUUUUGACACUUUUAGUAUAAACUUUGUUGCAAAUCAUUGUGAAAAGAUUUAGAAAAAGAUAAUAGACUAUAAGAUAGAAAAAUUCAGCUGCGUUUAGUAGUUAUUAAUUAAUUUGUGAGAUACAAUUCACGAGGACAUAUAGUAACAACGAAUGAAAUUGUGAAAGCGAAUAUUAUGGCGAAUCAUCAUCCUUCGUACGAUUUUGAGGACAGAAGUCAAAGGAUCCGCCAUCGAGUUGGUACUGCGUCAAGACCUGCAGAUUCCACUGUGGCUUGUACGAGUACUCAAUAUUACGUGGGACACAAUAGCGAUAUCACUGAAGAAGAUUUGGCAGAAUUACCUUCAUGCGUUUAUGCGGGCAGAUCUACGCAACAUGUCACACAUACAUCGCCACAUACACAUUCUCCCUUACACUAUCAUAUGCCAGUUUCAACACCAGAUCAUGAUACAGAUAUGAAUGGCGUAGAAGAGGGUUAUUAUCCAAAUGGUAGUCCUUAUAGAAUUCAAAGACAUGCAGCUAAUAUUCGUGAACGAAAACGUAUGCUGAGCAGCAUCAACUCGGCUUUCGACGAGCUCCGGGUCCACGUGCCAACCUUUCCUUACGAAAAGAGGCUGUCGAAGAUCGAUACUCUGCGUCUGGCCAUAGCGUAUAUUGCACUUUUACGCGAGGUUCUAGCAGCCAGGCUUGAUCCUUUAACAUAUGUUGAGAGGUGCCUUAGGGGUGAAAUAAACGGUGAACGUGCCGAAUGGAAUACAAGCGAUUUGACGGCACGCUUAUCUUGGAUAAACUGGGAAAAUCUAGGAGUAAACCCAAAUCGGCGAUCAGUACUCACUACUCUUGCACUAACAACCGACAAUAUGAAUUGAAUACAUACUAAUAAAAUACAUGAGGGAUACAUAUAAUAAAAUUCUCUUGCGCUGACUUUCUUUUCUUUGUAAAUAUCUUUAUGCUGAUAUAGGGAAAAAAAGGAUUCCUGCGAUCUCGGAUUCGUUAUAAUUUACGUGCAAUAGGAAUAUCGUAUUCAAUAUCUAAGUGUGUAAGCAAAAAAAAUCUAGUUAGUAAUUUAGUAUUUGCUUUGAAAUAAAAUCGAUGCUGUUCGAGA